AUGGGACACACGGGUCCGCUGCUGCGCAAGAACGUGUGGCUCAAGAAGCGGCGGCCGAUCGCGACCCUCUUCGAAAUCAUCGCACCGGCGUUUGCGCUGAUUGCAUUUGCUGUCCUGCAGUCAUUGAUGUAUGGCAGCUACAAGGUGUCGUUCGCACCCGGCUGGCAAAACUGGCCGCUGCUCCCAGGCUACCCCAACGUCAACUACGGCGACCGCGUCCAGACGUAUGGCAGCAAGCGUGGCAUGCACUUUGCCGAGCCUUCCGUGUACCAAUGGCUGCAAAGCUCGAUGGGCGAGAGCUACGACACCAAGAUCUGCUUUCAGAACCCGUCGCCCGACGAGCAAAAGUCGACCAAGUGCCAAAAAGCGCUUGCGCUGCGGCCCAAGCUCGCGAUCGUCCCGGACACGCUCUUUACGCGCAAGUACUUUGCCGCAGCGCUCACGACGUGGUACCCGUCGCUAUCGGUACCCAUCGCGGACAACAAGACGGUCACGAUUUCCGGCAUUACGGCCGACGACUUCGUCUUCUUCGAGUCGGAAGUCGCGCUCGAGGCCUAUGUGACGAGCCCGUCGUACGGUCCGGAAGAAGACGAUUGGUACUACCGGUAUUCGUCACGGGACGAGCCCGCCAAGGAGGGCCCGACCACGGCGCCGCUCCGCGCAGCCAUCGUCUUCAACAUCGCGCCAGCGCCAAACAAGAUUGGCACGUUCCAGACGGUCGAGUACACGCUGCGGUUCCCGAACCUCGACCGGGGCCAAAAGUUUGCACCGCCCAUGCAGACGGGCCAGCGCUACGACCCGCUGCAAAUCGAAUUCAAGCCCGACGAUGCCAUGGCGUACACGCAAGAGGGGUUUGCGACCGUCGACACGAUGGUGGCUCGCCUCCUCAACUGCCUCCCGGCGUGGGAUGCUACCGCGCAGUCGACCAACGGGUCGUGCACGGUGGCUGCGUCGACGUCGGCGCUGGCGGCCGAUGAAGCGCUUCAGUCCGUCGCGGACGCCGACUGGAAGGCCCUUUUGCAGCAGCUCGAUCGAGGGUACGCCUGGAGCCUUGAAAACUCGACGCUCGCGACGCUACCCAAGGCGUUUCGCGAGGCGUAUCUGCGCCCGCUUCGCCAAGCGCCGCAGCCGUACCUCGGCGGCGCCACCGACGUCUUUCCGAUGCAAGGCUACGGUAUCAACACGCUCUUUGACAGCGAUAUGCUCUUGGCAACGGCGAUGCCGGCAGCCAUGGUGCUCUUCAGUCUCUUCCUUGUCGGCAACAUUGUUGGUGCAUUCGUGCUCGAGAAGGAGACGCGCUCCAAGGAGUACAUGCUCGCACUCGGGUUGCACCCGUCAGCCCUCGUCGCAUCGUGGUUCCUCCUCUACAGCGUCAUCAUCGUGCUUGUCGCGGCCAUCGAAACGCUGGUCGUUGCCGUCGGCAACAUCUUUCCCAACUCGUCACUGGCCUGCCUCUUUCUGCUCUUCUUGGGGUUCCACCUCGCGACCUUGUCGUUUGGGUACGCGGCCUCGACACUGUUUUCAUCGACCAAGGCGGCGACGUACGUCACCCAGCUCGUCUUUAUGCUGCUCACGAUCGCUGGCUACGUGCUCCCGGAUGCCGCGGGCGAAGGCGCCAAAGCCGCCAUCUGCCUUUGCCCACCCGCUGCGAUCGUGCUCGCGCUCCAAGUCGUGCUCCGCGCCGAGUACUAUACGCAAGGCAUCACGUUUGCGAACGCGUCGGUGUUGCAAACCAACCGGUUCCGCUACUCGACGGCGGUUGGCAUGCUCUUCCUCGACGUCGUCGUCUUUCUGCUACUCGGUUUGUACCUCGAGCGCGUGCUCACCGACAAGCAGCCGUGGUACUUUCCGGUGUCGCCGUCGUAUUGGCGCCGGCGGUCCGGUGCGGCACCGAUGACGAGCGCGCCCUUGCACGACGAAAGCAACGACGUCGAGAUGCCCGAGCCCCACCUUUUGCAGCAGGAAAAGGACGGCCGGGCGCUGGUGGUCCAGGGUCUGCAUAAGAGCUUCGGUGCGCACGUCGCGGUUGACAAUUUGCAUCUCGCGUUCUACGAAGGCCAGAUCUCGUGCCUUCUUGGUCACAACGGCGCGGGCAAGACGACGCUCAUCUCGAUGCUCACGGGGAUGUUGCCGCCGACGGCCGGUGACGCCACGAUCCACGGUCACUGCCUCUCCACGGACCUUCGCGCGAUCCAGGCGUCGAUGGGUGUGUGCCCCCAGCACAACAUCCUGUACGAGAACCUCACGGUCUCCGAGCACUUGCGUCUGUACGCUGCCAUCAAGAACGUCGCAGAUAUUGACGCCGCCGUGACGGCGACGCUCGCCGAGGUGGACCUCGUUGACAAGGCCAACACCCUCGCCAAGGGCCUCUCGGGUGGGAUGAAGCGCAAGCUCUCGGUCGGUAUCGCGCUGCUUGGCGGCAGCCAGCUCGUCUUUCUCGAUGAGCCCACGUCUGGCAUGGACCCGUACAGCCGCCGCGCUGUCUGGGACCUCUUGCUUCGGAACCGGAGCCAGCGCAUUAUGAUUCUGACCACGCACUACAUGGAAGAAGCCGACGUGCUUGGCGACCGCAUCGCCAUCAUGGCCAACGGUGCGCUGCAGUGCGCGGGCUCGUCGCUCUUUCUGAAGACGCGGUUCGGCGCCGGGUACACGCUGACGUUGGCCAAGGCCAAUGCGAGUGUGAACAUGGACGCGGCGCUUCUCCAGCUCGUCGAAUCCUGUGUCCCGGACGCCACGCUCGCCUCGCUCGUUGCCACUGAGGUCGUCUUUACCCUGCCGUCGUCGUCCGCGUCGGCGUUUCCCAGUCUUUUCGAAACGCUCGACGCGUCACUUGAGCGCGUCAAUGUCGCGUCGUACGGUAUUUCCGUCACGACGCUGGAAGACGUCUUUAUCCACAUUACAGGCCGCGUCUCGGACCCAAGUGGCGCGGUGGCCGUACCGAUGGAACCGACGACGACGCUUGCGGCGUCGUCGCGGUCGUUUGUCUCGCAGCUGACCGCGCUCCUGCUCAAGCGACUGCAUGUCGCCAAGCGGGACACGCGCACGCUCUUCAGCUCGAUCGUACUGCCGCUGCUUCUCGUCGCGAUCGGGUUUGGCUUGAUGAAGUACGUCUACGAGCACGACACGACGACGGUGCAGCCGCGGUUGGCCCUCGAUACGUCGCCGUACCCGGACGCAGGCGCUAGCCCGACACCGUACGUCUGCCUCAACAACGAUGCAACGGCCUGCAGUGCGCUCAUGGAGCGCUUCUCCGGCGCCCGUCCGGUACCGUUGCCGUCUCUGGGUGCGACUGCGUACUCGACGCCGACCGUCAAUGUCUUUGGUAUCACGUACGGUGACAUGCCACGCCCUUCCGACUGCGACGGGCGCAGCUACUAUGCUGUCUGCAAGGCGGCGCCGGCCAAGCUCAACUCGACCGACGGUUUUGAGCUUCGGUUUUCCACCGAGCUCUACGCGCGCGGCUUCCGCGCCGGGAACGACGAGGUGCAAAUGGGCGGGUACCUCCUCUACGUCUCGCCGACGGACAAUGUCAUGAGCUACACGCUGUUUGCCAACACGUCGUCACCGCACGCCGCGCCUGUCUUCAAGCGCCUUCUGCAUCAAGCCAUGUACCGCAGCUUUGCUAGAGCCAACGACAUUGAGCUCCGCGUUGCCGUGCACCCGCUGCCAGAGACCACGCGAACGGCCGAGUAUCGACGUAAGAGCCGACAGCGGUGGGGCGAUUCCAUGGGCUACGUCGGUCUCGGCUGCUUCCUCUUUGCGCUCGCCUUCUUCCCCGGUGGGAUCGUCACGUUCAUCGUCAAGGAGAAUCAGCUCACGGCCAAGCACCAGCAGCUUGUCUCGGGCGUCUACCUCUCGGCGUUCUGGGCCGCCAACAUCCUCUACGACCUCCUGAGCUUCCUCCCAAUGCUCGGCAUCUUGCUCGGGCUCAUUCUGGGCUUUGGCAUUACACCCUACACGGCCAACUCGGAGGCGGUCGACGACGCGUUCUUGGCGACAGCGGCUCUCUUCUUUCUUACGGGUGUCGCGCUCGUCGCGUCGGCGUACGUCGGUGGCUUCUUCCUCAAGGAGCAUUCGUCGGCGCAGACGAUCAUGGUGCUUUCGCACCUCGGUGUCACGAUAGCCUUUUUCGUGGCCGAGAAUGUCUUGUAUACGUUCUCAAAGCCGAGCAUGAACAACGUCUGGCGCGUGGCGCCGCUGUACGCUCUUGGCGACGGUCUCCGCAACGUCACGGCGGCGAACGCCAAGUACAUCACGCUACCCAACGGCACGUCGACCAAGAUGCGUCUGCAUGCCCUCGCCCCCAGCGGUGUCUACGAGCACCUGACGUACCUCGGGGCGACCGCCGGUGUCUUCUUCGCUUUGCUCUUCUGCCUCGAGUAUCUUCGCACGGUCAAGGCGCAUUCGUACAACGCGACACCCGAUGCGACGGACGCUGCAUCGAUGACAGACACGGACGUGAUUGCGGAGACCGCGCGCGUCACGGCGCUGUCGAGCGCGACCGACAACGCGGUCGUCAUUGACCAGCUGCGCAAGGUCUUCAACGACUUUUUCUUCCGCGCCGAGCCAGUCAAAGCGGUGAAAAGCCUCUCGGUCGCGCUGCCAAAGGGCGAGUGUUUUGGUCUUCUUGGGGUCAACGGGGCCGGCAAGUCGACGACGCUCAAGAUGCUGCUCGGCGAGGUCGCGCCGUCGGCAGGCCGCGCCUUCCUCGCUGGCCGCAACGUCGUGUCGCAGCACAACCAAGCACGCACGCUCGUCGGGUACUGCCCGCAGUUUGAUGCCCUCUUUGACCUCCUCACGGUGCGCGAGCACUUGCAGCUGUACGCGGCGCUGCGCGGCCUUCGCGGGUCGGAUGCCAAGCGCGCGAUUGCACAACUCGUAUCCAAGCUUCGGCUCACGUCGUUCGAGCACGUCCUUGCGUCGCACUUGAGCGGCGGCAACAAACGCAAGCUCUCGGUUGCGAUCGCCGUGAUCGGGUCGCCGCCCAUCAUCAUCCUCGACGAACCGUCCACGGGCAUGGACCCGGUGUCGCGCCGGUUCCUUUGGGAGGUCAUCUCGGACCUCUCGACGCACCAGCGCGAGUCGACGGUCAUUCUGACGACCCACUCGAUGGAAGAGUGCGAAGCCUUGUGCUCGCGCGUCGGUAUCAUGGUCAGCGGCGGUCUCCAAUGCCUCGGGAGCAUCCAGCACAUCAAGCAAAAGUUUGGUCACGGCCUCGUACUCGACCUCAAGCUGCGCGUGCCCGAGCAAGAGGCGAUCGAAGCGAUGGCCGCCACGCUGCCGUCCACGCUCAACAUGGACGACAUGAUCCACUGGUGCGGCCGUCUUCGCAAGCCGUCGCGCGCGUCGCUUUUGGUGCCUGACCACGCCACGGGCUUCUUCCUCGCCCACUUGGCCAACACCGAGGGCGCGGUCGACGUUGCGUCUUUCUGCUCGUGGUGGAUCGGCGAAGACAUGUUUGACGCGCUCGCCCAGCACCUGCAUGCGGCCACAAACGGUGCGAUCGACGUCGUCUUCCGCGAGCCGGCGCUCGUGCAGUUCAAGCUCCACACGACGCUCUCGGCCGCGUUCAGCGUCGUCGAGGCGGCCAAGCAAACGUUUUCCAUUCAAGAGUACGCGGUCUCGCAGACUUCGCUCGAAGACAUCUUCAAUGCGUUUGCGUCCAAGCAAGAACGACGCGAAGAGCCAACGUUGACACGCGGGUGCUGCGGCUGCUUGAAGGGGGCGCCGUCGACAAGAAACAACCAGUACCGCGCACUGUCGAGCCCCUAAG